UUGGACUUUGAUUUCGAUAUUUAACCUAAGCAGGUGACUUUUCUCUGUUACUGCAGAGAGACGAACACAUUAUACAGAUGGCUACAUCAGCAAAUAUUGUAUGUGGUAUAUGUGAUGCCCAACACAUUACCAAAUGUGCAAAUCACUGGUGUCCUGAAUGUGACGAAGGACUGUGUGAUGAAUGUGAAAAGCACCAUAGCAUAUCGAAAGGUACACGAAAACAUGGAAUAAUUCCUACAGAUGACUACAAAAAAUUACCACCCGACAUUUUAUCAAUUGGACACCAUUGUCGGGAGCAUGAGAAAAAAUUUCAAAACUAUUGUCCACACCAUGAGAAAUUAUGCUGUCCAACCUGCAUUUCAACAGAACAUCGAAAAUGUGUAGGUUUGCUUGAUCUUGAUGAAGUUGUUAAAACAUCGAAAACGUCGGUGCUGAUUGACAACCUUGAAAAAUCAUUAGAAGAAAUAGCCGUAAACAUCAAUAAAAUCAUUAUUGAUCGAACAGAAAAUUUUGAAAAGAUCAAGGAAGAGCGACAUGGAUUCCAUAAUCAAAUCAAACAAGUAAGAGAUAAAAUAAACACCCACCUUGACAAGCUUGAACAACAGAUUAUUAAUGACUUGCUUUCUGAGGAGCGAAAAAUCAAAUCAGAGAUUGAGACCCUAUUGAGAAAGCUUUCAGAGAAAAAAACGAUUGUCCAUGAUCUUCAAAACAGCAUUGAUGCCAUGAAAAAACAUGCAUCAGACCUUCAAACAUUCCUAGCGAGUAAAAAGUUAGAAGAAUGUGCUAUGUCGGAGGAAAAGUACCUACAGUCCAUUAUGAAUGACAGCAAUACUUUAAAAUGUAUGAACUUGAAAUGCAGCAUCAGUGACAAUAUCAUGAACAUUUCAGAUAUACAGUCAUUUGGGUCGAUUUCAACAGACGUUAACCCCUCUACUGCUGUGCUAACGUUAGAAAAAGAAAAACAGGCACAGAUUCUGCACCAAACAAUUAUUGCUAAUAAAUCUAUUGAUAAAUUGCAGGUGACUAAAAUCAGACAAUUCAAAGUUCCUUGUAUAUCAGGCAUCACAGGACACACCGUUUGUCCGAAUGGCGAUAUGGUUUUCGUGGAUAACAAUGAUGGAAAGCGACUAUUGAUAAUGGAUAGCAUGGGUAAUUUAAGACGGGAAAUUUCAGUUCCGUCUAUACAGCCGUAUGAUGUUGCAUCCAUAGACAAUAACACGGUUGCAGUGACUACAUGGUUUCAGAAUAAUAUUUAUGUUGUUGAUAUAAAUUCAGGAACUAUCAAAGCAUCUAUAAGCGGUGAGUUUUGUGGUGGGAUAACACGUAGAGGAAAUACAUUGAUAUGUUGUGUUCGUUCAAAUGAAUUAAAGGCAGUAGAUUUGAGUGACAAUGUGGUGUCUGCCUUAAUUCCAGAAAUACCAAUUAAUUGCCAGACUUACGUUACAACAUCUUCAGACAACAUAUUUGUGCCGUACCAUCCCAACAAUACAGUAACUUGUUACAAAAUGAAUGGAGACAAAGAAUGGCAAUACUCCAACCGAUCUAUGGUCAGAACACCUCUUGGUGUUAGCGAGGAUAAAUACAACAAUGUCUAUGUUUCUUCAAAUGGAAAUAAUUCUGUUGUGUUAAUAUCACCAGAUGGCAAGCAAGCAAGAACAAUUCUUGGAAAAGAAGAUGGAAUAGUUAGUCCCUACUGUGUACAUUUUGAUCAUACCAAAAACAACUUACUUGUGACAUGUCAUAAAGGCGAUGCCUUUCUGUACAACAUUUCAUAG